CCCCUAAAAACGAUGCUACUCUGAACUUGGGUACCAAAACCUUCAAUCAUCUGACUUGUGUAGAUCUUAAUGUUGAUGAUCUUCUAACUGUGGAUGGUGUUCAAUUUAAUAAAUUGGUUACACUUCACAGGCCCCAAACAAUUACAGGCAACAUUACCCUUGCCGAGUCGGUAAAUAUUCUGGGUAACCUUGAUGUAUCGUCUAGCCUUGUCAAAGGAAUUGACUUUGACGAACUCAAUAGUAAUUUGACGGCUAUCCUGAAUACUAAUAAUCAAUUUGAUGUUAUAUUCAAAGGAAGUGUCUCCCUUCCAACAACGGUAUACGAUGGGACGCUCAGAGGCCUAAACCUGGUUGACCUUGCAGGGGAUGUAAUCUACACUUCUGAUGCUUCUGCUCUAUUAACUGGUGCAAAAACCUUUAAUGGUGACCUUCAAACUUCUGAAGCUACAUUAAAGAGCACAUUUAAUGGAUUGAGUUUUGAUGACUUUGUAACAGUUAAUGAUGCUAAGACCAUAGCUGGAGUGAAGACUUUCAAGAAGCCGGUAACCUUCUCAUCUACAGUAGAUGUAACUGGGCUAGUUGAUGGUGUGGACUUGAAGCAACUCUUUGACUCUGCAUUGUACCUGGACAAGGCAGGACAAGUGGUAACAGGAAGGAAGACUUUCACUGGUACAGUAUCCGCUGGAGAACUAGAUGUUCAGGGCCGAGUCUCUGGUGUGGACUUCAACACUAUUCUUGCCAAAUCUGGAGACCAAGUCUUCACUGUGCCACAGAAAUUGGCAGCCGCAUCCUUUGGUGCUCUAGAUGCUAACCAAAUAGACAUGUCAGAUGGAUUCACAAUGAAUGGUAUCGAUAUUUCUGUGCUGGACAGCAUUCGCAUGAGCCGUAAGAAUCCUACCCCCCACUCGGGUGUUCUAACUGUAAAUGGAAUGGUAUCUGUCCUUGGCUCACUUGAUGCAGUAAACAUUGGCGGGCAUAAUGUUGCACAGUUGAAGAGCAACAUCGUCACCGAUGAUGCAGACUCGAUUAUAUCGUCAGAUCUGAGCUUUGCAAGCUUAACUGUGAAGGACUCUGUCAGUACUGCUAACAAGGUUGGUGCUAAUGGCCAGAAUAUAAGCAGAAUCAACGAGAAUGCAGUGUUCCUGGCAGGUAACAAUGCCAUGACAGGAUCUGUUACCUGGGGUGACCUGGACCUACAAGGUGAUGUUGCUGUUGGAGGACUUGUCAAUGGGAAGGACCUGCAAGUGGUGCACAAUGAUGCUGUGUAUACAGAUGCAAGCUCUGUUCAAGUAACUGGUAAAAAGACCUUUGCAGAAUUUUCUGUGAAAGGUAAUAUAAACGCCGAAACCACUAAUGGAAUAGACUUGAGUAAGAGAUUGGUAACUCUUGACACAGACCAGGAUAUCGUGGUACCCUACGAGUUCUUCACUCUGCAUGCAGAGAAGAACCUUAAUCUUGGUGGAACAUUUGAUGCAGUAGAUCUUGUAGCCUUGGACAGUACAGCUCUGAAAGAAUUGCAGGAUGAGACUAAUAACAUCUACCUUGAAAAAGUACAAGCAGGCACCAUUAACAUCCUAAGAAAUCUAAAUGCGGUGAAUGUAAAUGAUAGGUUAAAUGAUGCAGUGAGGCUCCAAGCACAAGAUGUUAAAAUUUCUGGUAAAAAGACUUUCCAUAAAGACACUACAUUCAAUAACUUGGAUGUUACAACCCUAAAUGGCGAAGACCUGACUUACUAUUUGAGUCAUGCUGUAAGAAAGAACCGCCCAAUAAGUCUUGCAUCAAAUAUUAAAGUAAACGGGUUAGUGAGUGCACCAUCGGUCACUGCAAACUCUCUAACAAUAGAGGGAACCGUGGAUAAUGUAGAUUACAAGACCUUAAUGAAAAAUGUGGUUCUGCUGGAUGAUUCAAAGAGUCACGGUAUAAAACUGGCAUUCGAAGAUGACGUGUCGGUAAAAGGUGCCCUUGGCGCUACAAGCCUUAAUGGUUUCGACUUGGCAACCAACUACCUCACAACAAACACCAUGCAGAGUCUUUCUCCAAAUGUGGAAUUCGAGAGCAUAACCACUGCUAGUAUUACAGUUGAUGGAUUCGUUAACUCAAAGAAACUGCCGGAUGAAGUCGCAAAUACACUAAAUGUAAAUGGCGGCCAGACUGUUACUGGUAUGAAGAGCAUAUCUGGGAUUGUCAAUGUAGCAAAUAAUGUGGAAGUGACAGGUAAUAUCAACAAUAUAAAGAUGGCUACCGAGGCAAUAUACCUAAAAGACGCAUCUACAGUAAAUGGACGCCUAAAGUUCUCUAAUGGAUUGCUUACAUCAUCUCUGACGAGCAGCACCAAUAUGAUAAGCGAUAUUGAUAUGAGUGAUCUCUCGACUAAUGCAUGGUAUUACAAUGAAAGUGCUACUAUUUCAGCAAGCAUGAUAUUUGAUUCUUCAGUUACUAUGAAGGACUCGUUAACGGUUGUUGGCACCAUUGAUAAAUUUAAUAUUGGACAAGUAUACAAUGAUGCAAAACAAGCUCUGAACCAGUACUCUACUUACAAUGAAGGAAUUAAGAGCGAAUAUGCUGUAAAGUGCCCUCUCAUCCUGGAAGCUUACAAAGAUACCCAGAAGGCCAUAUUUGAUGCAGAUUACUUCAGACUUGUACAAGAAAUUGCUCUUGGGAAAGUGCAUCAUGCUUCUACAAGUUUCUGGGCUUCAGGCACUACUUACAUCAUCAUAAGCUGGAAAGAUGAAUGCAGCUCAACACUGUACAGGUUUGAGUCUCCAGGAAAACUUGUGCACGUGCAAACACUUGCAGUGUCAGGCCAUGGUAAAGACUGGUUGGCAAUUGAGCAAGGUCAAGAGAUCUUCUUGGUGAUGGCGGCAUCAAGUGAAGGGAAUGCCUGUACCAAACAGAAUAGUGUAGUCUGGAAAAUGUCAAAUGGUGCACUUUCGGUAUACCAAGACCUGCUUCCUGGGACAAAAGUUUCGGCAAACCAUGGAGUUGUAUAUAUAACUGCUCCAAGUGCUACCCAUAGCUAUAUCUUUGAUACUAAAACUCUGCUCUUCAAUUUCGUUAAUACUGCUACUACUGAAAUGGAUUCUAUUUUGACCUCCAAAAGUGGACACAGUGUAGCUUCGAUAAAAUUGCAAGGAAGUCUAGUUUUAUUUGUUGAUGGACAACAGCUAUCCUCGCAACUCUCAAAAUUACAAGUUGAUGACUCGGUGUUAUUUGAGCAGCAAGGCAAAAUAUUAUUGCUGGCGGCAGUGACCAGGAACCCUCUCUCUGGCAUAGAAUAUAGCCUAGAUCUCUACGGCAUAGAUCCAACUGAGAAUACUCUAAAUUGGUUGGAUUCAAAACCACUACUUGCAGCUGCUACGUUAACUUCCUUCUACAGUGGGAAUGCAAUUACUGGAAAAACAAUAGCUGUGGUUAUGCAAGAAAACUAUUACUGCCCCACUGUUUAUACAGUACUUGGCUCCGAGUUGAGAUUCUUCUCUGAUCUUGCUACUCCAAAAGUGAACUGGGCUAUAUACAUCAGCAUACCCAAUGAGGCCUUCUCAGAAGUCAAAGAUCACUAUCUUCUGGUUGGCAAAGGUGAUUCUUCGAAGCUUCUGUACCUUGAAAUGCGUGGCUUAACACAUGAAGCCUUGGACCGCACAUGUCAUGUAGAUGAUUUCAAAUAUCCAGAAUUGAUACCGCGAGUGUAAUAAAAAUUUUAAAAAUUUUAUUAAACCAUUAAGUAUAA